AUAUACUUCCAUCACCUCUUUAACCUCUAUAACAUAUAAGAUCCAUACCCCAUCCCUUCUUGUGAGUUAAGAGGUGCAAUUUCAAAUUUUCUCACCAGCAAUUCUUCUUCACCAUGCGUACUUCAACUGCUUUUCAAUGGCUAAGCCUUGUUGGCAUCAUUUGGCUCCAAUCCAUAAAUGGAACAAACACCAAUUUCCCUGCUUACUCCUCCCAGCUGAAGCAGCUCCUCUCCAUGUCCCAGUUUCAGCUCAACAACCUUGCUUUUGCCUCAGAUGCAGGCAAACUCUUUGGUUUCUUUUCUGGCAUGGCUGCUUUUCACCUCCCCCUUUGGCUUGUCCUCAUGAUUGGUUCAACUCUUGGAUUAAUUGGUUAUGGUGUUCAAUAUCUCUUCAUAUCAAACCAAAUCUCCUCUCUCUCCUAUUGGCAUGUGUUCUUGCUAACUGUUCUAGCAGGGAACAGCAUUUGCUGGAUCAACACUGUUUGCUAUGUGAUCACAAUAAGGAACUUCUCAUCCGAUCAUCGCCAAGUUGCUGUAGGGUUAACUACUAGUUACCAAGGGUUGAGUGCUAAGAUUUUCACCAGCAUUGUUGAUGCUGUUUCUUUACACAAAAAGGCUAAAACAUUUCUCUUUCUGAACUCAUUCUUGCCUUUGAUAGUUGCCCUAAUAGCAGCUCCUGUGGUUAGAGAAAUUGAAGCUGUCACAACAAGGCCUAAGCACAUUAUGAGUGUUGGAUUUGUUGUUAUGUUUGUGAUUACAAUUGCCACUGGAAUAUAUGCUGUGAUGAGCAGCUUGGAAUUUGUGUCAAGCAAAAUAUCUCCACUUGGUAGCCUUAUUGGCAUGUUAGUGUCCCUUUUAUUCCCUCUAUUAGUUCCACUUUCCAUGAAGAUCAAUGCACUAGUAGGGUCAUGGCACAAAAAUAGAGAAAAACAAAGAGUAUAUCAUUUUACUUCAGAGGAGAGUCAUGAUGAUGAAGGCAGGAUAGAGAAUGAGGUUAAAGAGGGUGAAGAUAGCAGAGAAGUUAAUCAAGAAGUUGGUAUUGGUAUAAGAGAAGAAAUAGGAGUGAAAUUGAUGCUGAGAAGAAUAGAUUUCUGGUUAUAUUUCUUUGUCUAUUUAUUCGGUGCAACACUUGGUUUAGUAUUUCUGAACAACUUGGGACAAAUUGCUGAAUCCCGAGGUUACUCUAGAACUUCAUCAUUGGUGUCUUUGUCUUCUUCUUUUGGGUUCUUCGGCCGUCUCAUGCCAUCUAUAGUGGACUACUUUUACAGGGGUAAGUGUACAAUAUCAAGACCAGCUUCUAUGGUAGCAUUAAUGGCUCCAACUGCAGGGUCAUUUUUCUUACUACUCCACAAUACUAACCUUGCCCUCUAUGUUGGCACUGCCAUAAUUGGAGUUUGUACUGGAGCAAUCACUUCAAUUUCUGUGUCCACCACCACAGAGCUAUUUGGAACCAAGAAUUUCUCUGUGAACCAUAAUGUGGUGGUGGCCAACAUUCCAGUGGGGUCUUUUUUGUUUGGCUACUUGGCUGCUUUUGUUUACCAUAAGGGAGGGCAUCAUGAACAUGGGAAAUGCAUGGGCAUGGAAUGCUACAGAGACACUUUCAUCAUAUGGGGUUCCCUUUGUUUCUUUGGUACCUUUUUGGCUUUUGUUCUACAUGUUAGGACUCGCAAGUUUUACUCAUAUAAACUAUAGGGUACAUGUUUUAUUUUAUUAUUUAGACACCAUGUAACCAAUACUCCAAAAUAGCUUCUAUACUAAUCCCGUACUUGUAUAUUU